GCUGAUACUUCAAAAUUAAAACUAAUUAAAAAAGUACUUUUAUUUGGCUUAUCGAAAAUUAUUAAAGAGACCAGAAAUGAGGACUUUGAUAAUUUAACAAUAGAACAAGAAAUAAAUCAAACACUUUUGUUUAAGCCUUUUUAUGGUUCAUUAGACAUGCCUAUUUACAAUACUAAGAAAG